UCGAGCGCGAGAGGGCCAGCGGGAACAAGCUCUGGGGUGUCUACAUCUCCGAGGCGCAGAGCUACGAUCAAGGUCUGGUCGAUGGCUGGCGCAGUGAGAUGGACGGCCUGCUGAUUUUCGCCGGUCUCUUCUCUGGCGUCGUCACGUCAUUCAUCAUCGAAAGCUAUAAAACGCUGAACCCCGACUCGGGCAGCCAGACCCUCGCGCUGCUCGCCCAAAUCUCGCACCAGCUCGCGAGCCUGAAUAACGGCACGGCAAUGACAGACGCACUCCCUCCCGCCGCUGCCUUCUCGCCCCCGAUCUCGUCCCUGGUGUGCAACGCACUCUGGUUCACCAGCCUGGCGCUCAGCUUGUCGUGCGCACUCGUCGCGACACUGGUCGAUCAGUGGGCGCGGGAGUACCAGCACCGGACGUCCAUGUUCUCCUCCCCCUCCAUCCGGUCGCGCGUGUACAUGUAUCUGUACUAUGGUUUGCGACGCUUCAAUAUGCAUGCCGUUGUCGGCGUUCCCCCGCUUCUCCUGCACGGGGC